AUGGCUGAACUGACUACAGCUAUCCCCAAAGGUUCCGUCGUCCUCGUGACCGGCCUCACGGGCUACAUUGCGACACAUGUGGCACAGGAACUCUUCUCCCAGGGAUAUAAAGUGCGUGGGACAGUUCGUGACCCCGUUAAGGCGUCUUGGCUCAAAGAUGAGGUGUUUUCGGCUGAGCAUGCGGCUGGCAAUCUAGAGCUUGUCCAGGUGUCAGAUCUUGGAGCUCCAAAUGCCUUUGGUGCUGCCAUUAAAGGGGUUGCAGCUAUCGCUCAUAUUGCCACAGUCUCGAACAUGGACCCGGACCCGAAUGAAGUUAUUCCACGAACUGUGUCUGGAAUUGUUUCGCUUUUGCGCGCGGCUGCUGCGGAGCCUUCCGUUAAACGAUUCGUGUUCACAUCUUCAGCUGGCUCUGCCAUAAUGCCUGUCCCCGGUGCAUCGGGACAUGUUGGCCGUGACACCUGGAACGAUGCGGCUGUGCAAGCGGCGUGGGCUCCACCACCAUACGAUGCCAGCCGUGGCAUGAUUACCUACAUGGCGAGUAAGGUGGAGGCUGAGAAGGCUGUUUGGAAGUUCCUUCAAGAGGAAAAGCCCAACUUUGUGCUGAAUGUUGUGAGCCCAUUUACCACGAUGGGUACUGUGCUGCACCCUAGCCAUGCAAGGGGUACAGCCGGUUGGGUGAGCGGAUUGUACAAGGGUGACACAAGUGCCGUUAGCAUGAUGCCCUCAUUAAUCUAUGUUAAUGUCAGAGAUGUUGCAGUCCUCCAUGUCGCGGCCAUUCUCGACGAGGACACCAAGGAAGAAAGAAUCCAAGCCUGGGCCGGCCCUUUCAAUUGGAAUGACGUCCUGGCUAUCCUGCGACGUCUUUAUCCGACCCAUGAAUUUGUUGGCGAUCUCCCGGAAUCGGCGGCAAUUUCCGUAACGGCCGAUGACAGUGUUCCACUGAAGCUGUUAAAGAAGUGGGCUCAACAAGAUGGCUGGAAAAGUUUGGAGGAUACAGUUCGCGAGAAUAUAAGCAGCCUCCUAUAG